GCCCAUUCUAUCAAAUCAAUGGGCCUCAGUCCAGAAAACUCGAUGUCCAAUUUGUCAAGCAAUUGUUUUGGGCUAGAUUUAUUUGUGACAUAUGGCUGCAUAAUUAUGUUGGAGUGGGGCUAUUGUUUCCACAUUUGGAUUAAAGUAUUUAAAUAACAUAAUUAAGUGAAGUUGACGUCACCCACAAAGGGAAUUCAACUUCGAAAAGACAGCUGUAUAAUAUUUCCAUAUAAAAAAAAAGAAUAUAAAAUGAAAUUUAAGAAAAAAAUAUCUAGCGGUAACCCCACCCAACCAUCUUUUACACAAACCAGAAACCCAGAAAUACACGCACUGAAGGUGAAACCACGCGCACACAGACACACACUCACACACCGCAUGGUGUCAGAGAACACAAAGCCAGCGGAAGGCUUCUUCUUGGAUCCUACAGGCAUGGCUUUGCCGAACGUCGGCUUGUUUUCCUCUCCCGCAACCGGUGACACGCCGUCGCCGUUGGAAGACCCGAGCAAGAAGAUCAGAAAGCCAUACACCAUUAGCAAGUCGCGCGAGAGCUGGUCCGAACCAGAGCACGACAAGUUUCUCGAAGCACUCCAGCUAUUCGAUCGAGAUUGGAAGAAAAUCGAAGCAUUUAUUGGAUCGAAGACAGUUAUUCAGAUACGUAGCCAUGCACAGAAGUAUUUUCUUAAAGUUCAAAAGAGUGGAACCAAUGAACAUCUACCUCCACCUCGACCGAAAAGGAAGUCUGCUCAUCCUUAUCCACAAAAAGCUUCUAAAGCCGCUCCGGUGGUUUCACCAGAGGUAUCAUCGUUCCAAGCGUCACCUUCUUCAGCAUUCAGACAUCCUGAUGCUGCUGUGCCAAUACCUGUCUUGACAGAUAAACCUGUGCAGAAUAAUACUUUUCCACAUGCUGAAGGUAAUACCAGAUCUGCUGGACAGCCUCUGGCCAAUAUUUACCCUUGCAGUAGCAACGAAAGCGCACCAAGAAAUAGGAAUACAGUUCUUCCGGAUUUUUCUCAAGUAUAUGGGUUCAUAGGCAGCGUCUUUGAUCCAAAUGUGACUGGCCAUUUGCAGAACCUGAAGAAGAUGGAUCCAAUUGAUAUUGAGACAGUGUUAUUGUUGAUGAGAAAUCUGUCUAUCAAUUUGGCUAGUCCCGAUUUUGAGGAUCAUAGAAGGCUACUUUCAUCAUACGAGAUUGACACUGAGAAGGAUAAUGAUUUCGAUGUAACGGAUUCCAUCCUUGACAGUGAAUCUGAGGACGCUACCUAAUUUUGGUAAAGCAUUGGAGUGUUUAAAUUCCUUUUGAUAUUCGAGGAGUACCGUUUAUGAAUCAAUAUAUUAUUACAUGAACAAUGCUCAUUUGUCUGAAUGAGAUUUGCUGGUUUAGUGGCAGGACGUGAGGACUUUUAGCCAUGUCCUAUAGAAAGUUGACAAAUCCUAGAGUUGUAAGUAUAUUUUUUUUUUUUGAAAACUUAUGCUUAUGUACGACUAAUGUGCCUUGUACAUAUUGAGUAGACAAAAUAAAAUGAGAUAAAUAUGUAUUGCGGGAAUGUAAAUUAUGAAACUGAUGUGUAAAUGCAAGUUUUGAUUCACUUGUGCAGUUUUGAUCAUCUUGCAGUUUGUCUAAAAAAAAAUUGAGUUUUGCUUCUUGAAUAACUUAUACGAAGGAAGCUGCAAGAUGUACUACAUAAUCCAAUUUUAAUUUUAUGCGUCUCUCUAUUCCCUGUUUG